CAGGGCAGAUGCCAAAUGGCAAUAUGUAAUAAUUUUUAAUAGUUCUAAGCACUUUGAAUAUUAUAAUAUAAACAGUAGUUUAGCACAAUCAUGUAAUAUUAGAGCUAGAGAAAUACGAGUCAAAUAUACUUAUUACAUAUUUUAAAACAAACGGGUCAAUUAGCAAUAUUAUUAUUAUGUUUGGCUGGUCUGUUUUAGCGUUCAGUUUUCUUGUGGCUUUUUCUUAUACCGUAGCUUCAGACGAGGCCAAAUUAGACAAAAGUUUCAUUGUGGAUUGCAAUAGUUUACGUCUAGGUCAAUAUAUUUGUCCUGACCCCAGUAUUAAUCACAUUGAUCCUGAGACACAGCAAUUAAAAGGAUGUACUAAAGGAAAAGCUGAACCUUCUGAGGGGGAAGCUGAAGUUCAAUGUAUAGCUGCUGAUGGUAUUAUUUGCAAUGAAACAAACAAUUCAACCUUUACUAGAAAAAUGCCUUGUAAAUGGACGAAUGGUUACUCACUAGAAAUAACACUAUUACUAUCAGUUUUCCUUGGGAUGUUUGGUUUGGAUAGAUUCUACUUGGGAUAUCCUGGUAUUGGACUGGCAAAAAUGUGUACACUGGGCUUUUUAUUUCUGGGCCAACUCUUGGACAUAAUUUUAAUAGCAGCACAGGUUGUUGGACCAUCAGAUGGUUCUGCAUAUGUAAUACCAUAUUAUGGGGCUGGGAUCUCUGUAGUCCGGAGUGACAAUGAAACAUAUCUGCUGCCCCAAGCAGAUUGGCAUAACAUUACCUGACGGUGGGCCAUCACAUCCUCUGAAGUGGAUGAUGAUUAUGAAUGGACCUAGUGAAUUGUUUACAUUUUUUUAACAAUAUGUUCAGAAUUCAUAUAUGAUAUGAAUAUAAAUGAUGUAAGCAGAAUAAGUGCAACUAUAAAACAUAUUUUGUAUAUUCCUUAAAUUUACAUUGUUCUUUUUUUUUUUAAAUCAUUUAUUUUUGAUACAACAUUACAAAGCGAUGUAUACAUAUUAUUCUACCAAACUGCCCAGCAGUUUGUCGGCAGUAAUUCUUGUGUUUCGCAAAUUAUCAAAUCAAUAUUAUGUUUUUGUGUGUGACAAUUUAAAAGUCCCUACUAGUAUUUCUUAAGUCUAUUUAUUAUGGACAUUGUGCUAAGUAGAACUUUCGCAAUAAAUUUUUCACCUGAUUUUUUGUUUUACAAUUCAACAAUUGUGACACUAUAUGGGUAGUUAAUUCAUUUAUUAAUGUAGGUAUUACCCAUUGCAUGUUACGCGUACCAUAAUAAUUACAUAUUUUAGGUGACACUAGCUUGUUUUUGUUAGAUAGCCGAGUUGAGUAGGUAUGCACUCUCUGUACUACGAAUUUAUUUAUAUCUCGAUAUUGUUCGAUUAACAUUAAUAAUUUUACCUUUUUAUCAAUUGGAAUAAUAUUACAUAUUUUAAACAAGCGUUCAUAGUUCCCGUUAAGUUUGUUUUUUAUAUUUCUGUUCACUAAGAGCUUCAAUGUUAUUUGCAAAGUUUUGAUUUUAUUUUUAUUCGUAGUAAAAGUUAGUCCAUAGCUACUCAAUCCGUAACUAAUUGUUGCCUCGACCAAAGAGUGAUACAGGGUGUACAAAAUAUUUUUACUCACCGAUGACUUUAAGUGAUAAAUUUUACCAAAUACUGUGCGGAGUUUCGAACAUACUGAGUUAACAUGUGCAUUCCAUGAGAAAUUUUUAUCAACAAUGAGCCCUAGAUAUUUAUACGAUGUUACCCGUUCCAACUGACUACAUUGACAUACUUGUGAGGAGCUAUGCAAGCAAGAGUAACUAUGUCCUAUUAUUUUAAUUUUAAUAUCUUUAUAUUGACUAUAUGGUGAGAAUAUAGGCAUACAUUUUGUCUUUUCCAUAUUAAUAAUAAUUCCAUUGUCAUGUGCCCAUUUAUUAAUAUUAUUAAAAUCUUGUUGCAUUAUGGUUUGAAUAAGGUUUGGGUCUCUACUACUAUACUAUAAACAUGUGUCAUCAGCAUACAUAUAUGCUUUACAAUUUUUUAUAACUUUGCUCAUACUGUUCACAUGAAUAAUAUAUCCUAUCGGACCAAAUAUGGAGCCAGUUGGAACACCAUUUAAUACUGUACCUGGAUCACUCUCUGCUCCAAGGAAAUUUACUUUAAGUAAUAGUAAGCCUGUUUUUGAAAUAGUUUUGGAACCAGAUUUUAAUAGGCUCUCGUAUACCGCAUUCAUCCAUAGACUGCAAUAAGGCGUUUGAAGAGGUAUUUGUUGUUAAGUCUAACUAGUUUUAAUUAAACUUCAAUAACCUGUCACUACACUAUAAGAUAUUUUGUUUUGCCAGCAAUAACUUCAGUGUUAAGAUGUUAAAGUAAAUAGUUAAUCCUAAGGUUGAGGUAUAACACAAGUAUAACAGAAUAAGUUAUGAUACUGAGGUUACUUCACUCAGUGACCUUCAAUGUCGCCAAAGGCUGCUUUGAUAUCAAUACAAACUAAUUAGCAUUGCUGAUUAGCUUUAUUUAUUGUAAACUAUUAUAUUUUAUGAAAUAGUUCACACAAACUUAUAAACUCAUAGCUUGAUGAGACAAAGGACUCCUUGUUAGCCUAACCUUCAUUUUUUGAUAACAAGGCCCUGUAUGUCAUCAUAACACAAUCCAACAAAUUUUAUAAACACAAAUUCUAUGAUAAAAAGUAAUGAAUAUUAUUUAGUUGCUCAGUUAGUCGUACCUGUGUAUUAGUUUACAUAUAUCAGGGAUAUAUAUAUAGGGAUUUUUAUUUUAAAAAAAUCAACAAAAACCAGCAAUCUUUGACAUUAAUGCAUUGCUCAUGGUAGACAGAUAUCUGAAUGUGACAGUGCAAAUAUUCAAAAAUGUCUUUGGUGCAUAAUUAACAUGUGUUUUAACAGUAGACACAACUGAAUUGAUAAUUCAUUUACAUUUUCCACCAUUCUUCAGUCAAAAUGUGUUGCCUGUAUUGCUGAUGCUAAUGGUUGUGUGAAAGUGGGCAACAAUCACUGCCUACAUUGUCAGCGAUUAAAUAUGUGUUAACUAUUAAAAAAUGUGUGUAUUAUAUUCAGUUUUAAAAUUAAACAACAUUCAAUAUAUAAAUAUUUCACAUUUAA